UGUGUUUUCUAUGGGAUGUAUGAGAAGAUCCUGCUGUUUCGUCAUGACCAGACAUCAGAGAACGUGCUGCAGCUGCUGCGCUCGGCCUCCCAGAUCCAGGAGGGCGACCUGGUGGAGGCCGUGCUGUCAGCUUCAGCCACAGUGGAGGACUUCCAGAUCCGUCCACACUGUCUGUUCGUCCACUCGUACCGAGCUCCGGCCUUCUGCGACCACUGUGGAGAGAUGCUGUGGGGACUCGUACGUCAGGGACUCAAAUGUGAAGGCUGUGGUCUGAACUAUCACAAGCGUUGUGCCUUUAAGAUCCCCAAUAACUGCAGCGGAGUGAGGAGGCGUCGCUCGUCUAACGUCUCUCUGACAGGGGGGCUGGUAAACCUGGGCCGCCCCCUCUCUGCUGAGCCCUCCCCGCCCCACUACACCGACGAUGCUUUACUGUCUCCAGUCAGUCCCAGCAUGGAGCAGAAGAACCAGUUAGAUUACUUCUGUCGAGAGCGGCGCUCCAGCUCCCAGUCGUAUGUCGGCCGUCCCAUCGAACUGGACAAGAUCCUACUGUCGAAGGUUAAAGUUCCUCACACCUUCCUGAUCCACUCGUACACCCGGCCCACCGUCUGCCAGCACUGCAAGAAGCUGCUGAAAGGCCUCUUCAGACAGGGCCUGCAGUGUAAAGAUUGUAAAUUUAACUGUCACAAACGAUGUGCUCCUAAAGUGCCAAACAACUGCCUGGGAGAAGUUUCCAAAAAUGGAGAGCUCUUGAGCCCUGGGGCGGAGUCAGACGUCGUCAUGGUGGAGGGUUGCCUUGAUGACCAUGAUGUCGACAGAGGUGGCGGCCUGUUGGAUGACAUGGACGAGGCGCUGACAUCAGAAGGGGGUCUCCUGCUGGAGGCGGGGCCGAGCGACCUCUGCGACCUGCACGACCCCGACCUGGACGAGUCCAACCGGGCCAUCAGCCCGACCACCAGUAACAACAUCCCUCUGAUGCGAGUCGUUCAAUCCGUCAAACACACAAAGAGGAAGAGCAGCAACGUGAUGAAGGAGGGCUGGAUGGUCCACUACACCAGCAAGGACACUCUGAGGAAGAGACAUUACUGGCGGCUGGACAGUAAAUGCAUUACGCUGUUUCAGAACGACACCGGAAGUAAAUACUACAAGGAGAUCCCUCUGUCAGAGAUCUUAUCUCUGGAACCAGCUCAGACCCUCUCUCUGCUUCCUGAUGGAGCCAAUCCUCACUGCUUCGAGAUCGCCACAGCGUCACUGGUUUACUACGUCGGAGAGCACCUGCAGAGAGCUGAAUCAUCUGUGACCGGCAGCAGCAUCCUGGUCAGCGGCGUGGGGCAGGAUGUGGCUCGGAUGUGGGAGAUGGCUAUCCAGCACGCUCUGAUGCCGGCCGUCUCUACAGGAAUUUCCCACAGCUCCCAUCGCAGCGGACACAAGGAAAUCUCCGUCAGUAUUUCUGUCUCCAACUGCCAGAUCCAGGAGAACGUGGAUAUCAACUCUGUGUAUCAGAUCUUCCCAGACGAGGUUCUUGGCUCUGGACAGUUUGGCAUCGUCUAUGGAGGUAAACACAGAAAGUCCGGCCGAGACGUCGCCAUCAAGAUCAUUGACAAACUCCGCUUCCCCACCAAACAGGAGAGUCAGCUGCGCAACGAGGUGGCCAUCCUGCAGAGUUUGCACCACCCGGGCGUGGUUAACCUGGACUGCAUGUUUGAGACACCGGAGAGAGUGUUCGUCGUCAUGGAGAAGCUCCACGGAGACAUGCUGGAGAUGAUCCUGUCCAGUGAGAAAGGACGACUUCCUGAGAGGAUCACCAAGUUCCUGGUCACUCAGAUUCUUGUGGCUUUGCGUCACCUGCACUUCAAGAACAUCGUCCACUGUGAUCUGAAACCUGAAAACGUCCUGCUGGCGUCUGCAGACUCAUUUCCACAGGUGAAGCUGUGUGACUUUGGCUUCGCUCGGAUCAUUGGCGAGAAGUCGUUCAGGCGUUCGGUGGUUGGCACGCCAGCGUAUCUCGCUCCUGAGGUCCUGAGGAACAAAGGCUACAACCGCUCCUUGGACAUGUGGUCGGUCGGAGUCAUCAUCUACGUCAGUCUCAGUGGGACGUUCCCUUUCAAUGAGGAUGAAGACAUCAACGAUCAGAUCCAGAAUGCUGCCUUCAUGUACCCUCCUCAUCCCUGGAAGAAAGUGUCCCAGGAAGCGAUUGACUUGAUUAACAACCUGCUGCAAGUGAAGAUGAGGAAGAGAUACAGCGUCGACAAGACCCUCAGUCACCCCUGGUUACAGGACUACCAGAUGUGGCUGGACCUGAGGAACCUGGAGUCCCGGAUGAACGAGCGCUACAUAACCCAUGAGAGCGACGACCUGCGCUGGCAUCACCACGCCCAGGUCAGCGGCCUCGACUACCCCUCGCACCUCGUCAACGGUCCCCCCCGUGGCGACAGCGGUCAGAUAAUGGAGCAUCAUUACAAGGAGCAGGAGGAGGAGCUGGAGACCCUCAGCGAGAGGGUCAGUGAACUCUGAGGACGGAACUCCAACAGGAGACGAGAAACAGCAACUCCAACAAAAGAAAAGUAGAAAAUUAAUUGAAACGCAAAUUUAGAUUUAGAAUUAAACCCAAUAAUUGGUUAUUUUUUAUGGAUAUGAGGGAGUUUAAAGUGUAAACCUGCCCUUAUUCUACGAAAGCGUACUGCAUUCACAAAAGAAAAAAAUUAUUUCAUAAUAAUGACUUAACAUCUUAAAAUUUCAUCGCCUAUAUCUCAUAAUUAUGAGAAACAUAUCUCGGCUAGUUAGCUUCAACAGGGAGCUUUGUCUCGUUAACAUCCUUGUUUUGUCUGUACAAGGUCGUAAUUAUGAGGAAAGAAUCUUAAAAUUAUUUCUCAUAAUUAUGAGAUCCCUGUUUGUAUUGUAAAUAUUUGAUCCCGUCAACAAGAAAUCCUUGUUUUAAUGUUUAAGUCGUUCAUCAAGAUCAUUUUUCAUUUAUUCCUGUUACAGGGUUGAGAUCUUUUGAUUAUUUUAUCAAAUAAUUACAAUGUCCUUUUUUUGUAAAAUUGUAAAAAAAAAACCAACAACUAAGAUACGGAUCUUAUAAGUACGAAAUGCUGAGUCAUAAGAUAAAACAAGUACCGAUAAGAUGAUUACGAGAUAAAUAUCUCCUACAGUGUCCAUACCUUGUAAUUGCAAGAUCACGUUUUAUAAUUUCUUUUUGCCUUGUAACAAUAUUUAUCUUUAUAAAUUAGAUUAGAAAUAGAUAAGAUCAUUACAACAUUCUUACCUUGUAUACACAAAACAAGGAUCUGUAACUUGCGAAUGUAUUUCCGAGUAUGUAUACAGUCACAUAAAGUUUUUCUUUGGUGAUUAUAAUGCAGGUCUUAAGCCUCGACCCAUCGACUUAUUUGUCACAGAGGCUAAAAGUCGCACUUCUUCUUUGAGACAAUCAGAAAAAGACGCUACAAUAAGCAGCUUUCAUUUACAUUCGGAAAACAUGAAACCUCCCAGUUUGUGCCUCUGGUGUAAUCAUCACUUUUCUACAUAAAAGACUUUGCACUGAUGAUUACAGUCAAGUUACGGAAACAAGCCACGGCUUUAAAUUUAAGUAAAUCAUUUAAGACAGAGGCAGAUUAUUAUUAAAAAUUUAAUAAGACAUGUCCAUAAUUUCAGAUUCUUCUGUCAAUAAGUUGUAGUAGGAUUUUGUUAAGUUCAGCUCUCUCGGCCAGUGUAUAUUCUAAAACUUGUUAAGCCGCACAACUAAGAAAAGCGUCAUUAAUGUUCAUCUCCUGCCUUAUUUUUGUUUUUUGUUUUUUUGGGGUGUGUAAUGUGUUACUAUAUAAAGCCGUUUAUGGAAUUUCAACUCCACUAAGGACCGUUCACAAAUGUAGUUCCAGAUGUUUUCCUUUGUAGGGUAGCAAUGAUGUGUCCGGGGUUUCAUUCCAAAAGGAGAUAUCCAGAAUUAUGGAGGUUAUUUAUAAAGAAAGCAACUGCAUCUUUGAAAAAAAUUUCACCAUGAUGGAGUACUGUUUUCUGAAAAUGGAUAUGUAGCAUUUUGGAAUGAAGAUCCUCAAUCAGUUAAAAAAAACAAAACAAAAAACAGUGCCAACAAAUACCAAAAAACACCCUAUUAACAGUUAUCCAACACUGACGGAAAUGUUAAGAUAGUUUUGCAUCACCAGGGUUUUGUUAUUUCUUUUAAAGGCUGUUUGGACCACAGGGAGGCGACAGUAGCAAAGCUCCCAUUUCAGUGGGUGUUGCCAACUGUGGUUUAACAAAACAGCCAUCUGUCACGCAAUCUUAAUUUUUUUUGUUGUUGUUAAAAAAACUGUUACUAACUUCAGUUUAAGUUUAAAAAAAAAAAAAAAAAGUAAAAUUGUUUGUUUUUUUCUAAAGGUAUUAUACAGCAUGGUGUGUGUGUUUUCAGUUGGACAGGAAGUUCACCUGAAUGCUACGUAGCGUCUUCUGUAAACAGAAUGAAUGUUGUUAGUUUCUCAGCAUCUUUACUGUGCAAAUAGCCCAAAUACAUACUGUUCUAGCUUUGUAUGGGAUAUAACGUCAAGGCCAUGAUCACACUGGAAGCUUUUCAGAACGUGUCAGCUGAAAAUUUUGCUGAGUUAGCUUUUUGAUUUUACAAGUUUUGAGAAGCUUAUCUGGCUUUGAGUUGAGUUUUAAAUGUCAACAUUAGCUAAAGAAUGUCAACGUUAGCUAAAGAAGACCGCUAAGUUUGCUAUUGUUAGCAAGGCAACAUGCAAACUGCUUUUUAACCUGUUUCUAAUGACACAGUUUUGUUUUACGUUUUAGAUUAGAGGUAAAAAACAGGUCUGAUCAUGGCCUACAGUAAACCCUGUUGGUCCAGAGUUGACUUGCUUACUGAUAAACAGUAUCUGGAAAUGCUGCAUUUGUGUUGCACAGUUAAACAAAAUGCUACCAUCCAUCCAUCCAACCAUCCAUCCAUCCAUUUUCAAAUGCUUAUCCAAGGCCAGGUUGCGGUGACAGCAGGCUAAGCAAAGUUAACACUGAUGAAUAAAUGGUUGAAACAGUUAGCUAAAAGUAUUAACGGUAGGUUAGCUAAAAGUAACUAAAGAACAGUUUAAAUAGCAUUAGUUAGCUAAAAGUAACUAAUAAACAGUUUAAAUAGUUAGCUAAAAGUAACAAAUAAUGAUUGGUUAGCUAAAAGUAACUAAAGAACAGUUUAAAUAGCAUUAGUUAGCUAAAAGUAACUAAACAGUUUAAAUAGUUAGCUAAAAGUAACAAAUAAUGAUUGGUUAGCUAAAAGUAACUUAAGAACAGUUGAAAUAGCGUCAGUUAGCUAACAAUAAGCCGAUGAAACAGUUGGUUAAAAGUAACUGACAAGCAGUUGAAACAGCAUUAGUUAGCUAAAAGUAACUAAUUAACAGUUUUGAAAAUAGUUAGCUAAAAGUAAUGAAUAAUGAUUGGUUAGCUUAAAGUAACUUAAGAACAGUUGAAAUAGCAUUAGUUAGCUAACAAUAAGCCAAUGAAACAGUUGGUUAAAAGUAACUGACAAGCGGUUGAAACAGCAUUAGUUAGCUAAAAGUAACUAAUGAAUAGUUUUUAAAAUAGUUAGCUAAAAGUAAUGAAUAAUGAUUGGUUAGCUAAGAAUGACUAAAAACAAUGCUGAUAUAGUAGUAAUUAGCUAAAAGUAACUAAUAAGCAAUUGAAAUAGUUAGCUGAACGUGAUGAAUAAUGAUUGGUUAACUAAAAGUAACUAAAGAACAGUUGAAAUAGCAUUAGUUGGCUAACAAUAAGCCGAUGAGGUUGAAAGUAAGUGACAAGCGGUUGAAACAGCAUUAGUUAGCUAAAAGUAACUAAUGAACAGUUUUUAAAAUAGUUAGCUAAAAGUAACGAAUAAUGGUUGGUUAGCUAAAAAUGACUAAAAACAGUGCUGAUAUAGCCUUAGUUAGCUAAAAGUAACAAAUAAAGACUACUAGCUAUCAGUUGAAAUAGCUUUAGUUACCCAACACUGAUGAAUAAUGGUUGAAAAAAUUGGCCAAAAGUAAUGAAAUAGUAUUAGGUAGCUAAUGGAUCAACAUUUUAAACAUCUGACAGGGCUGUUAACACAGAAGGGUUUUUUCUGAAAUGCUUUCUUACCUUUGUACCUUUGUUUUGUUUGGAUCACAUCCAACGUGAGUUCCAAUUUUCUGACGAUACCUGCAAUGUAGGAUAGUAAGGAUUUAUCACCUCCUGCCCUUCAUCAUAAUUUCACAGAUCAUCUUUUUGGCCAUUCACUUUGUUACGGUGUUUUAAUAAACAUGGAUUUUUUUUUUUUUUUUGUAUAAGUACCAGAAAAUUAAUCUUGUUACACUGAUAUAAUUACUAGUACAUCCCCAUCUGUCUCGCUGUAUUUCUGGCUUCCAUGCAGUAAAAACUAAGGACAUUUUAAAGUUUUUUUUUUCCCACUCACAUCAUAAAACAUGACUUCAAGCCUUUUUUUUCCAAUUUAUUUGAUACUUUGGCACUUGAGCAUUCAAAAUGUCAUAUUUUUCCUUCAUGUUCCUCCUACAAUUUUUUUCCACCAGAGCACAUGGUGGGCGGCUGUAAUGAUUACAGCAAAUUAAUUUUAAAAGUUUAUAGUUUAUUGGCCUUUGUGCUGCUCAGUGGACAGUAAUGGUUGAGAAAAGGCCUCCCGUUACGCUCUACAAGAUGUCUGUUUACCGAUAAGCAAGGCAGAGUUGAACUGCCACAUUUUGAACUUCUCCCAUACAGACACAAAGGAGAACAGCAUGUAUCAGGGUUAUUAUAUUAUUAUGAUACUGCCAUAGAUCUGAAAAAUAAGGGCUGUUUCUCUGAAGCCUUCAUGGCCUUGUCUUCUUUGUGCCUCUCUCUUGCUGAUCAAUGCUUCUGUCUUCUUUGACGUUUCAGCUUCACCUGGAACAGAAAUGUCACCUGUCUCUUAUGUUUCUCUGUGAAGAGGUGACUAAUCAAUUUGUUUGAAUACUUGUUUUGUAAUUGUGUGUACAAUUGGUCCAACAGUGGUGUUUGCUAUCUAUUUUUAAGAAGCUGUAGAUGGCUGGUGCAGCUCCAGGUGUUCAUCCACGCAGCAACAGUUUGCUACUGAAGGUAUACACAGGAAGUAAGGACUCAUAAAGGGCAAGGUGAGGCAGGCAGUUCUCAUGCACUGUUCGUACAUUUUCCUACGAAAAGUUAUUCACCAAAAUUUGUACAUAUACUUUGAAACAUGAGCCAGUAAGUCAUGCAUCACCCACGUAUUUUGAAACGCUACGCUGAUGGGAGUGAAGACAGAAGUUGUCCAGAAAAGUCAGGCUAGGAGGCAGGUUCGGGUCAAAAAACAUAGGACAUUCCCCAGGAGACGGGUAUUGGGAAGCAUGUGAACUUGAGUGAGUCAUUUAAGGUAUGUCAUCAACAUCAACUCAUUCUCACUACCAACUCGUCACAUGUCACCACUUGGUCUAGGGACUUUUACGUCUACAUAUUACGUGCUAGGUAUCCUGGGUGCGUCUGUUGUUGACACUCGUUGUGUCAUUUUACACCUGUUACACGCAUCACGUCUUUUCAAAAUAAACCUCCAUUUUAACAGGAAAUGUACAGUUUCUGCUCAAUAGUUGCAGUCUUUUUCAAGAUAAACUUACAAUGUCAGUAAAACACUGCAUAUACGUUUAUUUUAUCAUUCUUCGACCACUUCGUCUUUACGAGUGCCUGGUAAGGAGGCAGGUUGGGGUGGUCAAUAGGUCUCAAAACAUGGGACUUUUCCUCGGGACUUUACCCAAGUUUUAAUAACCUUUGGGUCAUUUUAAGGUACGUCAUCAACAUGUUUCUUUUCCUAAACCUAACCUUAAUAACUUUACAUUAAUGUGUAACUUCACAUUAAGUACGUAACGUCUUUCAUGGGGCACUAAUUCGUAGCAUAUCAUACGAACUGUUGUAUAAGGACAUGUUAGAGGUUAUAUCAGGUGACCAGGUAACAGUACUACUCAUUUUCCCAUAGAUCAAAUACAAAGAACGAUAAGUUUGAGUUCUUGGGUGUUCAAACUCUGCAUGUUGAACUCGGGAGUCCAAACUCAACACUUGGGAGGACGCAGAAAAAUUAAAUGGACACUGAGAUGUGACAUAAUUCCUGAGAUCCUCACCUUGAAAUUAAGAAAGGAUCCAAACUUCUAGAUAGAUUUUUCAAGCAUGUAUAGUCAUAGAUAUUUUUUCUUUAGUGAUUGUAAUGCACUUCCAUAGUCCUCAGCCUUGACCCACUGAGUUAUCUAUCAGAGAGGCUAAAAGUCGCCCUUCUUCUUUCAGACAAUCAAGAAAAGACGCUAUGGUAAGCAGCUUCCAUUAACAUCCGAAAACACGAAACCACAAUUCCAAACUUGAAAAUUACUCUGACGGUCAAAUGUGGUCAGCUGAUACAUCUGUUACCCUCAUUUUAAUGUUUAUGUAUAAUAUACUGAAUCAAAUAUCAUAUGCCACACUGCAAAUGCUUGAUUUUGUUUAUAUAUAUUUAAUAAUUUGUAUUUAAAUGUGUUAAGAUCUGUAAAUAACAAGAGCCACAACUACAUAAAGGCGGAAAUGCUGUUAUAUAACGUUCAUUUACCUUCAGUCAAACCGAUUUGGCAACUAAAAAUAUAUAUUCCGAGUCAUUUAAUGUAAAAAAGUUACUGUAUUUUAUGUUUAAAUGCUACGGAGACAUCAGAACCACCAGUAAAUAAUCAAGGGCUUCUUAGAUAAGACUGUUCUCACCAGGGUUGACAACAGAUAUUGCAAUCAGGUUAUGAGAUGCUAGCGGGUCCUCAUAUCACCAAAAACACAGGAGAGUUGAGGAUUCCUGUAGAAGUCUUAGCUGGUUUCAUGGACAUGUCAUGGUGAGGACAACACUUGGGAGGUCACUGCCAAGAAACAUUCCCGCACACAAUCCCCUGAAAAAAACACAACUUGACUUUGUUUUUGUGUCAGUUAGAUAAAAAAAAAUAGGUAUACUAUGUCAGUAUUUUUUUCUCAAAUGCAUGGACAGAUAUGUGAUCAGUAUCGAACACCUCAUAUCUGAUUUUCAGCAAAAGGUGAAGGUGAUUUCCCAAAAUGUCGAACUACUCUUUGAACGCAAGUAUACCUUUACCCGAAGCCAAACUUUACCUCUAAAUAUUUCAGAAAGGAAAUUUCUACUUAAAAACCUUGCGUCCUUAAGUUUGGGGUUUGGGUAUCUCAAGACCGUAUCCAUCAGCAGUGGAUUAUAUUCAAGAUCCAGGGAUUUUUAAAUUAAAUUUAGGACUAUAGACUGUCCUUUGUGUGAAAGGUCACAGGUUUGAUGUUGUGAGUGUCGCUGUAAAACAGACUGUAAGCGGAGUCAUCUCUCGUUUUCCAAGGUCCUAUGUUCCCCAGCUCUGUACUCCUUGAUUAUAAGAUAUAAGACAUUACAGACAUUGGUAAGGACUCUCUUCACAGUUCAAAUUGCAAGAGCAUGAAGGGAGCUAGAUGUUAUAAAUGCAGUUUAAAUGGUAAAAAUCUGUUAAGCUACUGUGUAGAUAAAACUGUCUGGCCCACAAAUAUGAGGCUAUUGGUAUAGAACCUUUUAGGGGCAAUGUCAUAAUGACGUCAGUUUGUUAGCAGGAAGCAAAACCUGCCUCUCCACCACAGGGCUGUAGGCUACAUAGGAGUCUUAAGAAACUAGUAGGCAACAGCACUCACAAAAGACUAGAGUCAAAAUCUGUUUUAACAGGGCAACACACGGCCAAACAAAAUGACAGACGCAUUUCGAAGGCUUGGGCCGAAAUGCUUCUUUGAAGGCUUAGGCCGAAACAUAGAUUUGAACACAGAUUUUGACUACUAGUUUCUUUGGAACUCCUCUGCAACUUGCACCCAUCACGAUUGGAAACAUUGGACUUGUGCGUCCUCCUUCCUUCAGCCUUACAUAGGAGUGCUAAAAUGAGUUUGUCUUGUUGUGUUAUUGGGAGCCAGAAUAGAAGGAGUCAUGGCUCAAAACCAGCCGCCACUGCCCGUCAACAAAAACAAAGACAACUAUGGUUAAAUGUGAUAAGACCAAAGGACUGGACGGAGGCCAUCAUCAAAAAUGCUCACAUGUAUUAUUAUUAGCUUACGUUACCUUUCGUUAGCAAAACAUUCCGACAGCGUUACGAAUUUAUGAACGGUCCAGUUUGUGUCAGAGUACACUCCGGGACUCAGAAUUAAUAUUUCUGAACGCACCACUCACAUCAUCUUCCUCCAUUGUCUAAAAACAAGCCAACAGAACUUGCUAGAUAGCUCUAGCUAAUGUCUGUGGAGAAUUGUUUUGCAACCAGCUAAGCCCCACCCACCAAACAACGUUAUACUGUUUAGUAAUAGUAAAAGGGUCUAUAAAAUAGUGUAACAUCAGUAGGCUGUAAACUGAUGGUGAAGGACUUCAACACAUUGUCCCAGGAAAACAUCCACUGAACAUUUAAUUUUGUAGGAAAAAAAGCUCCUGAGAACAUGAAAGUCUUUGAAAGGCUUUAAUGUGUCAUGUUGGGAGGAUAUUGAGCUGGGGAACACAGAACCCUGGGAACAUAGAUUUGCUCCCCUGUAAUCACUCUGGGUUAAGUGUGCUGGCAGAAGUGUGUUGACUUGGAUUAUAAGAUGUGGCUGAUGAACCGUUAGCUGUGCGUUUCAGCUCAGUAUUAGUGGAGGGGUGAUUCCUCUGGAUGUCUUUAGCUUCGGGCUCAGAGCUGUUAGCCUGUGUGUCCAUGUUGCUGAAUGGUUGACUGUUUCUUAUGUGGCUUCACUCCUCUAGCGUCUGUGCUCUGAACAACCUGCCUGAAGUGCUCACAAAGUGUUUGCUAACUGCAGGAACUUUAAAGAUGUAUUUUUUUCUGGAUCAUGUUUAAAU